AUGGAGGCUUGGGAGCUGGGCCAAACUGGUUUUCGGGAAGACGGAGAGAGGAACGAGCAAGUAUGGGACAGAUCUAACAAGUACCAUGCACCAUGCAUGUUUGGAUGUAACAUGGCGCUGGAGACCAAUGAAGAAAGAGCAAGUGUUGAGAAGCGCAGCACGGACGCCCUGCACACGCAGAGAGCUGAUCCAACACAGGCAGGGCAGGAAAAUGUGCACUUCCAGCAGCCCUGCCGUGGCUCGGCGGGGAAAGCUGUGCAACAGGCAACUGUGCAGCGUGCACUACGCUGCGUGCACCUGCGGCGGGCAAGGAGUGCUGCACAAUGUGCAGGGCGCACUGUAACAGAUGCGCUGUGCAAUGUGCAGCGUGCCCUGUGCAAGGCGCGCUGCGCAACCGUCGGCGCGCACUGUGCAAGAAAUCUUUUGGACAGAGACACAUUUUCAAAAUCUGAUCCGAUCUGUGUUUUGUACACACAAGCCAUUGGAAACAAAGAAUGGAGAGAGUUUGGAAGAACAGAAGUAAUUGAUAAUACUUUAAAUCCAGAUUUUGUGAGAAAAUUUAUAAUGGACUACUUCUUUGAAGAAAGAGAGAAUCUGCGAUUUGAUUUCUACGAUGUUGAUUCGAAGAGCCCUAAUCUGUCAAAACAUGAUUUUUUGGGACAGAUGUUUUGUACUCUGGGAGAGAUAGUUGGAUCACAGGGAAGCAGACUGGAAAAAACAAUUGUAGGAAUUCCUGGGAAAAAAUGUGGAACAGUUAUAGUAACAGCAGAGGAACUGAGCUGUUGCCGAGAUUCAGUUCUAAUGCAAUUUUGUGCCAACAAACUAGACAAGAAGGACUUCUUCGGGAAGUCUGAUCCUUUCCUUGUAUUUCAUCGGAGCAAUGAAGAUGGCAGUUUUACAAUCUGCCACAAAACAGAAGUUGUAAAAAAUACAUUAAAUCCAGUGUGGCAGGCGUUCAAGAUCUCUGUCAGAGCACUGUGUAAUGGAGACUAUGACCGAACAAUUAAAGUGGAAGUAUAUGAUUGGGAUAGAGAUGGAAGCCAUGAUUUCAUCGGAGAAUUCACAACAAGUUACAGAGAGUUGUCUAGAGGGCAAUCUCAGUUCAAUGUGUAUGAGGUAAUAAAUCCAAAGAAAAAAGGGAAAAAGAAAAAGUAUAUUAAUUCUGGAACAGUAACAUUGCUUUCCUUCCUAAUUGAAACAGAAGUUUCAUUCCUUGACUAUAUUAAAGGCGGAACCCAAAUCAAUUUCACAGUAGCUAUUGAUUUCACAGCAUCAAAUGGAAACCCUUCACAACCCACUUCACUUCACUACAUGAAUCCCUAUCAGCUGAAUGCUUACGGCAUGGCACUGAAAGCAGUAGGUGAAAUCAUUCAGGACUAUGAUAGUGAUAAAAUGUUCCCAGCUCUAGGUUUUGGGGCUAGACUGCCUCCAGAUGGAAGAGUAUCACAUGAGUUUGCAUUGAAUGGAAAUCCUCAAAAUCCAUACUGCCAUGGAAUUGAUGGUGUGAUGGAAGCGUAUUACAGGAGUCUAAAAUCUGUACAGCUUUAUGGACCAACAAACUUUGCCCCUGUAAUUAAUCAUGUUGCAAGAUAUGCUUCUUCAGUAAAAGAUGGCUCCCAGUAUUUUGUCCUUCUCAUUAUUACAGAUGGAGUUAUUUCAGAUAUGGCUCAGACAAAAGAAUCCAUAGUGAAUGCUUCAAAGCUUCCGAUGUCAAUAAUCAUAGUGGGAGUAGGACCUGCAGAGUUUGAUGCUAUGGAAGAACUGGAUGGUGAUGUAGUCAGGAUUUCUUCAAGGGGAAAAUUUGCAGAAAGAGACAUUGUGCAGUUUGUGCCAUUCCGAGAUUACAUUGACAGAAGUGGAAACCACGUAUUAAGCAUGGCAAGACUUGCUAAAGAUGUCUUAGCUGAGAUCCCCGAGCAGUUUCUCUCCUACAUGCGAGUCAGAGGAAUAAAGCCAUCACCGGCACCACCACCCUAUACACCCCCUAUUCAUGUAUUACAGACUCAGAUAUGACUGCUCCACACAAGUCAAGAGUCACUGGCUGCAGUAGUAGCUUGUGAUAGCUUUUUGGAGCUAGAAAAAUUCUCUUCACAUACCAAAAUUCUCCGUAUGGUUGCAUGAGCAACUGAGAAGCUAUUAAAUGCUAGGAGAAAAAUGUUGGUGUUGUGAGUCCCUUUUUUUUUUUUCUGGCAAAGCCUCUACUUUUGGAUGUAUUUAUUGGAGGGGAAAGCACAAGUCAGGAUUUCAACUCAGAAGAUAUUGUCCUCUCUGAAUACUAUGUGUACAUAUAUGUACAGAAACGCUAUUCCUCUGUAUCAAUGUUUACAUGUUACUAUUUUUAAAUUUCAGUACUUUUAUAACUAUUCUUAAAAAUAAAAGUUUGGAAUAUUGACUCAUAUGUCUCAUAGCUUGCAGUAGUUGGUUAGAUCACAAGAGAAGCAAUAUCUCUUUGAAUGUUUGUCCAGACAAAUACAAAUGGAAAGUUAAAGAAAAGAAGGACAAAUAUAUACUUGUUUUCCAAUAUCUGAAUUGCUUUAGUCAGUGCUCAGUAAUCCAUUCAUCUCACAGUUUGAGAAUAAGCUCCCAAAAUAUGAAUACCAUAAUUGUGUAUGACUUACAACUAAUUCCAAACUUCAAGGGGGAGGUAUGUUUAUUUUUUCAGAGAUUCUCCAAUUUCUAAAUUUAUCCAAGUUUACAGUUUUUUAAACUAGUUACUGAAGCAAAUUAAAGAGUUACUUGCUGUAAGUAAUUAAAGAAAAUUACCUCAAAUCAAAUCUUUGAGUCUCACGUUGACUCACUUAGCUCAUUAAAUCUUAUCAUGUGUUCCUUAAAGCACUGCAACUUGUGCAUCCGACAAGUCUUUUGAAGUGAUUAUAGCAGAUGUUUUAUAAUGGAUCAUUUUAAACUUACUUUAAAAUUGUGAAUUUUGUCUAGAUUGCCCAUUCAAAGGGAUGCUAGCUCUUAAUAUUUGGGUUUAAUAUUGUCAUGUAAUCGCAUUGCCAUUCAGGGUGCAUGAAUGAUAAUGUUAAUUAACUGGUUUAAAAGUUGCACAGCUGUGUUGCUUUGUGCACAACUUUGUGUACUGGACUACCCAAAAAUUUUAUUAUAUGCCUGUUCAUAUAUAAUUAUAAAAUGAUUUUGCAUGUACAGUUUUUACAGAAUACACAGUUUUGUGAGUUUGUGUCAGAUAUAUUUUAUUUAGAACUAAUGGCCUUAAAUUUCACAGAACUCCUGAAAUGAUCGUGAAUUGCCUUUGAAUAAUGUUAAAACUGAACACUUUAUUUUUUUGUGUCACAACUGUAACUGUCUUGUAAUGUAACUUUUUUCUUUGCAUAUAACCUGUUUACUACUUCUGUUUCUUACUACUACAUGUUGUACUGUACAGUAUAAAACUAAGGUGCGUUUUUAAAGCAUGGGAAGUUUUUUGCCAGAAAACAGAUCUUCAGUAUCAGUGGCAUAUAACUAUGUAAAUGCAGAAUCUUCCAUUUUUAAAUAUAUAUAAAUUCCUUUAACUAUCUCAUGUGGGAAAUUACUUUUUUGAGAUAAUUACUCCAUUACGACCAAAAAGACUUUUUUUGUAAAAAAUAAAUCUUGUUUUAUUUUUAUUUCAAAACAGUUUUUACAUAAAUACGGAUUUUAAUUUUCUCACUAAAAUAUUUAUUUCUCAGUGGAUUGGUGUUGCAUGAAUGAAAUUUGAUACUUGGCAACUCAAAUUUUGAGGAAAGUGCCAUAAAGAACAAGUUUAAAUAUCUGUACUGAACGGUGGUGGUAUUUUGCUUACAUCUUCUGCAUUUAUUUUUCACACACCAAAUUAAUAUUGUGUUUCUGUUGCCUUCAUCCUUUAGACAGAUAUUUUUGCUGACAUUUGUUUUAGUCCACAGCAGCCCAUGUAUUUAACAGGUUUUCAUUCUAUGGCAAGAUUACUGACUUUUGGUUUUCAGUUUCCACCUCUUAAAACUGUUUGGUUCUUCACCUUUUACCUAGUUCUUAGGGCAGUCAGAAAGAAGAAAAGUUUAAGAGUAUGUUUAACCAUCAGUUUUAUUAAUAUAAAGAUUAGUCUCAGAACUAAUUUAACAAGUGAUAUCAGAAGGACAUUUUGAAGACAGAUAUUAUUUAAUCAGAAUUGUUUUUUCUAUCCAACCCAAAUAUCUGCCUAUUGUAUUCUGCGCUGCUGUUUCUUCUGUCUGGUAUUGGAUUGUAAAUCUAACAUAAUUAGUUGGAACAAAAAUAAGAAAUCAGUGGAUAAAGUUUUUUAGUGAGAAAAGGAUUCCAGAUUUCUGACAUUCCCUAGGUGUCCCCUAGGCUCCCAUGCUAGCCAAAGAUUUCAAGAACAUAUCUAAUAAAUGUAAGUAAGCAAUCUUUCAGUCUUCUAGAAGUGCAUUUGAUUAAAUGUUCAGUUAGGGUGUUUGAGAGACAUCAAUUUUUGGCAGAGAGCACUGUUAUUUUAAUCCUAUAUAAAAUAUUCUUUUGUAAUUUCAUAAUGUAUGAAAUUAGAAAUUACUGGCCUGUAUAAUCAUUAUAUGUCAAACUGAGAUUAAUUUUAUUUUGACUAUAUGGUAAAAUAAUAAAGGAACAGAUUACUUAACUGGCAUUUCAAAUAUAGUUGAAAAUAAGUCUUAACGACUAAUGUAAGUAAUAAAGAAUCUCUCUUCCACUAUCAGUGCGCUGGAGAAGGUCUGUUUCUUACAAAGUUAUGUAAGACUGAAGUGCCGUAAUGACUGACAUUUUCACAAAUACGCAGAUGAGUAAAAUGUCGAGAUGACACUCUUUGUAUUUCUUUUGCUUUUAUUCAAGCUAUCCUUAGGUCCUAUCAUCCUUAUGUUAGACAUUUAAUAUUUAAUCCUAAUUAACUCUCUGAAACUUGAGUCAAACUUGUCUAGCUU